CUUCCGCCCCCACAGUGAGCCGGCGGUCAGGGAGACACGGAGAGUUAGCCGCCGGUGACAAACAUCGAUCAUAACAGGAGGAUGGAGAACCAUCCUGAUGGACCUCAGGGUCAGGAAGCCAUGCAGUGGCACCUUCUGCGUAGGGUCAGGGAUAGAGUUGCCUCUAUCCUUAACAGACAACCCAUUGACUACGAAUACCUGCACUUUGUUUGUGCUCAGGAGCUGCAGUUUCUUCGAGCUGGAGCAUCAUAUAUGGACAUUCCUGAUAGCGUUUUACUUAGUCUUCAGCAGCUGUCUGACAUUGUUAGCAGCUAUCUGUCACAGAGGGUCAUCCCACCACUAUUUCAUGAUGUAGCUGUGACUGAAUUAAGAGGCAGUGUCGGACGACCUCAGAUAACCAUAGAAAGCCAGACUCUAUUAGAUAUGCUUAGCACUGGGUUACCCCUGACUUCUUUGUCCGACCUCCAUGGAAUUUCGAGGUCAACUCUUUACAGGAGGAUGAAAGACCAUAACCUUUCUGUCAGGAAAUGUUAUUCUGACAUAACAGAUGAUGUGCUUGAUCAGAAAGUUAGGUCUAUCAAAGCACAAAUGCCCCAUGCAGGUUAUAGACUUAUCAAAGGUUCUCUUGAAGCAUCGGGGCAUCGCAUUCCAUGGAGACGGGUUAGGAGGUCAUUGCAGCGUGUGGAUGGUGCCGGAGUCAUUUCCAGGAUGAUCCAGCUGUCUUGCAUCACCAGAAGGACAUACUCUGUUCCUGCUCCCCUGUCUCUUGUCCAUAUUGACACAAACCACAAGUUGAUAAGGUACAACAUUGUAGUUUUUGGAGCAAUCGAUUGCUUUUCACGGAAGAUCUUUUACUUGGAUACAGCGGGGAACAAUAAAGCAGAAACAGCUUUUGGAUUUUUCAUGGAGGGGGUGCAGAAACACGGGUGGCCAUUCAGAGUUCGAGCAGAUCAAGGUGUUGAAAAUGUAGACAUUGCUAGAUGCAUGUUUACGGUACAAGGAACAGGUCGUGGCAGUUUCAUUGCAGGCAAAAGCGUCCAUAACCAGAGAGUGGAAAGGCUAUGGAGAGACCUUUGGAGCGUAAUAUGUCAGUACUACAAUGUACUCCAUGGUUUGGAGGAAGACGGAUUUCUUGACAUAUCCAAUGCUGUCCACCUCUACUGUGUUGGAUAUGUCUUCAUACCGCGACUCCGAGCAGAUCUGCAUCACUUUACAGAGAGCUGGAACUGCCACCCCUUGUGCACUGAGGGAAAUCUGACACCAAAUCAACUCUGGAUGAUAGGGAUGUUGCAAGCACCCAUGCCAGAACCAGACCUGGUAGAGAUCCAGCAAACAGAAGAGCAGCCCCCUUGCGACCUUGACACCGGUGAACACAGGGUGGUUGUUCCAGACAUCCAAUGCCCCCUGUCAGAGGAAAGACUUUCAGCACUACAACAAAUAAAUCCAAAUGCUGAGUCCUCAAGUUUUGGUGGGGACAUCUAUCUGCAGGCUCUCAAUGUUGCCUGUGGUGUAUAAAAUCUAGUAGACAGUCGUGAAAGCAGCUGGUUGGACCAAAGUGAAAUAUCAUUUUAUUUUAUUAUGAAACAGAUUAGAAUAAAUUCACGUGAUUCACAU